ACAUCGAUGGUUUGGUUGGUUGGUUGGUGACCAAGACGUAUCUUAACUUAGGUAGAUGACAGGGGGAGGAAGAAGCAUGGAAGGGUGUUGGUUCCAGCAACGGAAGUGUUUCUAUUGCUUCCUCGGGCCAGGUGCGGAGUUUACAAUCUUGGGAGGGAUUUCUUGCGUACACCCAAAGGCAGGCCGUGAAAAUUUCGACGGCUUCGAGUAUAAAUUGAGAUCGAUCAGGGUUCAGAAAGCAGUUCACUAUUUGAUCAACUUGAGAGCACAGGCACAGUGAGAGAAAAAUGAUCUCAAAAUUCCUCGUAGUCGCUUCUGUGGCGGUUGUUGCCCUAGGAGAUCACUCUGAAGGGGACCACGAACCUCACGAACCUCACCAACCCCACCACCCUCAUCAACCCCACCAUCCUCGUCAACCCCAUAACCAACCACAUCAUUCAGCCCACUCUCCCAAAUAUGAAGAGGAGCCAUCGUUACCCCCCGUUUAUAAUUACCAAUAUGGAGUGAAUGAUCCUAAUUACGGUCCAGUGUUUUCUCACAACGAAAACCGAAAAGACUACAAUACUGCUGGUGAAUACAGAGUGAAUCUUCCUGAUGGCCGUGUCCAAAUUGUGCGCUAUAAUGCUGGCCCUGAUGGAUACACCGCUGAUGUCUCUUAUGAAGGGGAAGCCCAAUACCCUGAAGAACCUGCUUACAAGCCGGACCAUGGACACCGAUACGAGCCUGCUCCUUACCGACCAGCUCCUCAUAGACAUGAACCCCAAUACAAGCCCGUUCCAUACAAAGCUCCCGAACCCAAGUACGAACCCGCUCCCUACAAGGCUCCUGAACCCAAGUAUGAACCCGCUCCCUACAAGGCUCCUGAACCCAA